CUCCACCCUCUUCUCCAGCUCGUACUCAGCAGAUGCAGCCAUUGGAUCCACAUCUUCAUUGCGUCGGUCAUAGUCCUCAUUGCAGUAUGUGGCGAACACCUGCAGGAGGAAGCAGAAACACCAGAUACACAAGUGCAACGACAGACUGUAACUGCAUCAUCUGUUCCUGACGAGACAAUGGCAGCUCCACAUUCACAGACUCACAGACACCCCUGCCGGAUGUUGUUAGGUGUGGGUAGUAAAAAUAGCUCUGAUGUAGCCGUGCUGCUCUGACCACGGCCCCGUCCGCUUGGCUCUGUCAAUCAAAGGCCAAAACAAGAUGGCAGGCAGCAGGAGCUGGGGCUUCUUUUUAACAGUUUGUGCCGUCAGUUUGUAUGGAGCCAGUGCAGAGAUCAAGUUUACCAUUCCUGUUGGGAAGUUAUUUACAUACGAGCUGAUGAGAGAGACUUUCCAGAAUGACUUUGAACCUUUGUCCAAACUUUACGCUGGACGCCUGUACGAUGACCCCAUGAUGUUUAAGUGCAACAGGCAGAAUUACCCAGACCUCCCAGAGUGGCUGCGUUUCACCCAAAGGCACUCUUAUGACAAUGGCUUCCUGUAUGGCACACCAACAUCACCAGGCAAAAGUAUUAUUGAGGUCUAUGCUGUCAACAAGCGCAGCUAUGACACAACCAGACAGAUACUGGUGAUUAAAAUUGUCCCAGAAAAGGUUUUGCCAUACCAAGCUGAAUUCUUCAUCAAACUGAGGGAGAUUGAGAAGGUGCUGCCCUCUUCUGUCCAGGAUGAGAUAAAGCAGGAUUUACAGAAGCUGUGGGAUACAGAGCCCUUGGAAAUUAUCAAUAUCACAAACGCCCUGGACCGUGGCGGCCGAGUCCCCCUGCCUCUAGCAGGACACUUUGAAGGUGUCUAUGUGAAGGUGGGUUCUGAGCAGUAUUUCUCCGAGUGUCUACAGAAGGUGCUGACACCGGAGCACCAGAGGCAGUGCAGCACUGGGGCCAAAGUCAGGAUCCCUGGAGGCUGUAACUUCUGCAGCAUUCCCAGUAACUGCAUCACAUGGUGUAAAAUAGAACUGUUCGACCUGACUCAGCAGACGCCGACUCCACCUCCUCCCACAGUGGGGUCAGGUAUUAUGGAGGCGGGAGGCGACUUCUACCCUCCUGAGUCUCCCCCCAGCAGAGAUUAUUUCCCAGACUACCUAGUGACAGUGAUUGUGCCUCUGAUCAUCGCCAUCCUUCUGUGUCUACUGCUGGCCUACAUCAUGUACGGCCGACGAGAAGGAGUUGCAAAAAGGAACGCAAGGACCAACCAAAUUCAGCUCUAUCACCACCACACCAUUCAUGGUAAUAGUGAUGAGCUGAGACAGAUGUCUGGACACCGCGGUGUUCCUCCGCCUCUGUCCACUCUGCCCAUGUUCAACAGUCGGACUGGGGAGACACCCCAGCCCCUGCAGUCUGACAGCCCCACUGUCCCCCUCAUCAUGGCCCAGCAUGACCCCUACAGUGACACUCUGCCCAGGUAAACUCCUAACAAAUGACACCCUCCUUUGGCAGUGCCAUCACCCCAAACUACAAUGUUUCUUUGAAUGGGUGACGAAUGAAUGGUGGAUUUGAAUAGGAUUUGAGUUGUUCUCUCUGCUGUUUCUUUUUGCAGAAAAUAGACAGAAAAGUUUGUCAGUCACACAGUGGUUUGCCUCUUCAUUCUAUUUAUUUUACAGUUGCAGUGAAAAGACGUGUGUUUUAUUUUCUCUUUUGGGUUCAGCUUGAAUAUACAAAGUGAGGGUAUUCCCUCUCAUGUGUUGGUGACUUCUUGUAUUCCCCAAUUUUCACAAACAAUAAAAUAGCAACAAAAAUCUCAUUUAUAACUUUUUGGGUGUGUAUUUUAAGUUUGCUUGAGAGGUUCUCAAAGUAGGUAGGGAUGUCUGUCAAAGUUCAACAUAGUAAAAUAUGCAGUGUGUAUAAACAAAGCAAUCAAUGUUUUGAAUUAUUCUACAUUCCUGGUACUUUAGACAAAUGUAAUACUGAUUUCAAACCUUCAGGGAGUUUUCCAAUGGUGCGUGUCUGUUCCUCUAGUCCAGCGUUGAACUUCAACUUUAGCUGCUGUUUUAUCAAGAAUCAUCCAGGAGGUGUCACUGGUGUUCAUCUUUAUUGACGCGCUCAGGGUCGUUUUGACUGAACAGUCAUCUCCCCUCCUCCCCUCUCAAUUUAAUUUUCUAUUUUUAAGAUUAUGAAAAAAGAAAGUGAGAUAACAGACUUUUUUAAAAUUAUAGUCUGUGAUUUAGCAGCUGAUGCAAAUUUGACCUGAUGUACAGUAUAUAAAUUAGGUAGGUCAGGUCAGGUUGGGGAUUCGAAUAAGGGCCUUGUUUUCACUGCUGCAUAAUGGCAACAUAUUGAAUGCAACUGCUGUGGAACAGUUGAUUACUGAAACAAUUCACCACUAGAAUAGGUGUAGCCUCCUGACGUCCUGAAAGUCUCUGUAAUUACUGUAGCUGCCUUACAUUGGUGUGCCGAGCCUAUUGUCCCAGCACCUGACUUCAGUUUCACAACAGUUGCAAGACAGUGAAAACUCUGCCACUGAGUAGACCACUUCACAUGCUUUAUUUCAGCACCCAAAAUAAUUAAAAACAUCUUGAUUUAUUAUACAUGUACAAAAUAAGUACAGAAUCUCUCUUUGAAAACCAUGAAAGUGGGUCUGCUUCAAAUUAUUUUUUAAGAAACCCUUCGCGAAAAAGACAUCAACAAACAACAUGAACAACAGGUUGGGAGAUGUGUGCUGUUAUUUUUUUUUGUUUUGCUUUUAGUGAAGAGAAACUUUCUACAGGGGCAAACAGACAGAAA